CGCACCGGAGCCGAGGAGCCCCGGCCGUCGCCCCGCCGCGCCUUUCGCCGCCGGCCCCCGCGUGCUCGGACUCAUUCCAACAGCCCGUUAAAACAUGGUGGAUUACUAUGAAGUUCUAGGCGUGCAGAGACAUGCCUCACCCGAGGAUAUUAAAAAGGCAUAUCGGAAACUGGCACUGAAGUGGCAUCCAGAUAAAAAUCCUGAGAAUAAAGAAGAAGCAGAGAGAAAAUUCAAACAAGUAGCUGAGGCGUAUGAGGUGUUAUCAGAUGCUAAAAAACGGGACAUCUAUGACAGAUAUGGCAAAGAAGGAUUAAACGGCGGUGGAGGUGGAAGCCAUUUGGACAGUCCAUUUGAGUUUGGCUUCACAUUCCGAAACCCAGAAGAUGUCUUCAGGGAAUUUUUUGGUGGAAGGGACCCAUUUUCAUUCGACUUCUUCGAUGACCCAUUUGAGGAUUUCUUUGGGAAUCGAAGGGGCCCCCGCGGAAGCCGGAACCGAGGCACGGGAUCGUUUUUCUCUGCUUUCAGUGGAUUUCCCUCCCUUGGAGGGGGAUUUUCUUCUUUUGAUACAGGCUUCUCUUCCUUCGGUUCGCUGAGUCACGGGGGCCUCACUUCGUUCUCUUCCACGGCAUUUGGUGGCAGUGGGAUGGGCAACUACAAGUCUGUAUCAACUUCGACUAAAGUGGUUAAUGGCAGGAAAAUCACCACCAAGAGGAUUAUCGAGAACGGUCAAGAAAGAGUGGAGGUGGAAGAAGAUGGCCAGUUAAAGUCCUUGACGAUAAAUGGUGUGGCCGACGAGGACGCCUUGGCGGAGGAGUGCCGGCGACGAGGCCAGGACGCGCUGCCCGCCCAGCCUGCCAGCACCAGUGCCCGCGCGCUGAGGUCGCACCGGCCAGCCUCCCUGCCCAGACACGCACCCCACCCCAUGGGUGAGGACGAGGACGAGCCAGGCCGCCACCGGGCCGGCGGCAGCUGGGAGCCUCCGGCUGCGUUCUCCGCAGGAUUCAAAGAAGGUGGCAAGAGGAAGAAGCAGAAGCAGAGAGAGGAGUCGAAGAAGAAGAAGUCGACCAAGGGGCACCCCUAGAUGGGACGCGGCGGAGCAGCGGGCGCCCGGCCGCGGGGCCGCACACACGCCUUAGGGGCGCACCUGCUUCUCCACCCUCCCGAGACCUCACCUGCCCGGCGCUGGGGACGCUGCGGGCGCAUCCGUCAGGGCCUGGGUGGGGGUGGUGGCGGGAACGCGGAGCCAUCCCUGCGUCUCCGGCGGUGCGCCCGCGCGUGCCCCCCGGUGGCCCAGGCCCCCCCCGCGCCCCCAGCCUGCACGCACGGAGACGCCGGCAGCUUCAGCCGCGCGACGGGCCCUGCGGCGCGCCCACGCCCGCAACACGACUUCCUCUCCUCCUGCCGCUGCGUGUGUGAACCUAGACUCUUAGGCACAGCGUGACGUGAGGGGGACGCCUGGCCCCGGGCGACCUCUGCUUCAGUUUCAGGGAGCCAGACCUUCACGAUGACCCUGCUGCCGAGGUGUGGCGUCCCCCUCGCGUGUGUGGUUUUAAUUCUGACCCUCUCCGAGUAGUCCACAUCCAGCUUCACGUAGCCCGCCUUUUCUUGGACCCAUAGUUGUUUAGGCAGCGACACAGGACUCUGCAAAAUCCUGUUCCGUGACAGCACCUCCAGCUCCUGGUGUGCGGUCCGGCUGGGGACACACACGCUCCUCCCACACACAGCCCAUCAGGCACUAGCUCAUCGGGUACUGAGCACGUGCACUGUGCACUGAGCUCCUUCCGGAGAAUCGCUUCCCUUGGGCGGGGGUCUCCCAGCGUCCCGCAGGCCUCCUCGCCCCACUCCCUGCCCGCUGUCAGGGCCCCUCCUCUCACGCCCGCACCUCCCGUGUCUCCCUUUGCCCCCGGGUACCGAGGGCACUGUGAAAAGCUUCGACGGGGUUUUCAAAUGCCAGCAGCUUCCACCCCGCAGCGUGGGGAGCCGGGUGCUGGGGGCACAGCCCUCGUGGGUGCGCCACGGUCUUGGGCUCCAGGCGCGAGUGUGAUGCGUGUGGUGUCCGGGUGACUGCAGUUCGCUCCGUGUACUUGGCUGUGGUGGGAGGGGGUGUGGACUCUUGAGCGAGGAGCAGAUGGGUGUUUGAUGCUUCGUGUGGAAAGUGUAACCAUGAAAGCGUAACAGAUUUCAAGUGCUGCCCACACAAAUAAACUCUAAGCGUUACUGACUGA